GAGCCGUGCUGGGGGCUGCCUUCCUCCCAGCCCCAGCUGCACCUGAGAUGAGAUCACCUUAACCCAGCUGCUCCCCCCCAUGCUCCUCUCCUGCACCUUCUCUGCUUUGUUUGCUCCUGGGGAGCUCCUUGCCCCGUCACCCCUUUACCCCAGGGGUGACUCUGCAGAGGAGAAGUGGAUCUGGGUGCUGAGAGGCGCUUGGGGAUGCCUCUUGUCGUGUGUCCCCAGCUGAGACAGCCUGAUGCAAUGCCAGUAGUGCCAGGUUUGUGCCAGGCAGACCCCAGUGGGGGGAGGAAACCAGGGCACCACAGGGUUGCCAGGCACGGGCAAUGGGCACCAGGCAGGGGCUCGGGUGGCAGCGGGCACUUGGAGGGCAGGCUGGACAAGGCAGGGCAGUUCUAGGAGCCCGGGCAGGGCUGUGCCAAGCACGGCAGCAGGGACGUGGUGACAGGCAAGCCGCUGCCACCGUCCGUGCCCACGCCGUGCCCAAGGUCUGCGUGCACGGAUCUGCGCUUGGCAUCCCGGAGUCCCCCCGCCCGGCCCGCCCUGUCCGUCCCCCCGGGCUCCGGUUUCCCUGUCGGAGGCAGAUGCUUUCGCAGCCCUGUCCCUCCUCCUCCUCCUUCUGCGGAGCAGCCUCCUCGCCGCGCUCCAGCCGCCCGGAGGUGCCUGCCCAGCCCGGCCCCCCCCGGCCCCGCUGCGCCGGGCUGGCGGAGGGAGGCAGCGGGCAGCCCCGCAGCCCUCCCGGGGGGCUCGGAGGGGGCUCGGCUCUCCCGGCUGCUCCCCAACCUUGGCAGGAUGUUGCCCCGCUCUCGGACCCAGCUGGGGCUCUUCUUCAUCCUCCUCUGCCCCGCCAACAUCAUCGGGCUCUGGUGGGCAGUGGGGAGCCCCCUGGUCAUGGACCCCAACAGCAUCUGCCGCAAGACGAAGCGGCUGGCGGGGAAGCAGGCGGAGCUGUGCCAGCUGGAACCGGAGAUCGUGCAGGAGGUGGCCAAGGGCACCAAGCUGGGCGUGCGGGAGUGCCAGUACCAAUUCCGCUUCCGCCGCUGGAACUGCACCAGCCACAGCAAGUACUUCGGCAAGAUCCUGCAGCAGGAUAUCCGGGAGACGGCCUUCGUGUAUGCCAUCACGGCGGCCGGCGUCAGCCACGCCAUCACACAGGCCUGCAGCAUGGGAGAGCUGCUGCAGUGCGGCUGUGAGCUGACACGGAGCCGGGCGCCCCCAUCACCCACAGCCGGGCCGGGCACCGAGGGCACAGCCUGGGAAUGGGGGGGCUGUGGGGACGACGUGCAGUUUGGCUAUGAGAAGUCGCAGCAGUUCAUGGAUGCCAAGAGCAAGAAGGGGAAAAAUGACAUCCGUGCACUCAUUGAUCUGCACAACAACGAGGCUGGGCGCUUGGCAGUGCGCAGCUACAUGAGGACAGAGUGCAAAUGCCACGGGCUUUCGGGCUCCUGCACGCUGCGCACCUGCUGGCGCAAGAUGCCCCAUUUCCGCGAGGUGGGCGACCGCCUGCUGGAGCGCUUCAACGGAGCCUUCAAGGUGAUGGGGGGCAACGAUGGGAAGACCCUCAUCCCGGUGGGCGACAACAUCAAACCUCCCGACAAGCAGGAUCUCAUCUACUCGGCCGACUCGCCCGAUUUCUGCUCUGCCAACCGCAAGACGGGCUCGCUGGGCACGCGGGGCCGCGUCUGCAACAGCACGGCCAUGGACACGAGCGGCUGCGACCUGCUGUGCUGCGGGCGUGGGCACCGCGAUGAGACCGUGGUGCUGGAGGAGAACUGCCUGUGCCGCUUCCACUGGUGCUGCGUGGUGCAGUGCCGCAAGUGCUCCGUCCGCCAGGAGCUCAGCCUCUGCAUCUGACGGCCUCUCCAUGGGGCAAGGACACUUGGGGGGCCGCCCCCAGGAUGGUGCCGAGGGCGCAGGGACACGGAGAGGUGACGCGGUGGGACCUUACGGGCUGGGGGACUGUGAGCCCAGCUCUGCGGUUGGAUGUUCCUGCAGCGUGGGGACGCUGCCCAGCAUCCCCACGGCCCCGCAGUGGGGCUGCAGGGUGGAGCUUCGUCUAAUAAAGCUAUUUAAAGCCGG